UCAAUGUGAAUAAAAGGUUGUAAUCGCAUUAAUUGAUAUUUGAACAUUUGUGUUUUAAUUUAUAAUGAAAUAUUACUGGUUUAUUCAGUACUUGCUGACGCAGUGUAUUCUAGUUCUUACUGUUAACUCAGACAGUUACUAUACAGUAAGUGCUCCCGGUGUUAUAAUAUCAAAUCGUAAAUAUUCGAUUGUUAUUGCACUUCACGAAGCUAGUGGUCCGUGUUCUAUACGUGUUGGUGUUGAGGGACCAAGUUUUAAUGAAUUUGAAGAUGUAAAUCUGCAGCCGUAUGAAUCAAAACUUGUAGAGUUUUUGCCGAAAAAACUACUUCCUGGCAAUUAUAGUUUAAGAGCAGAAGGUUUAACUGGUUUAAGUUUUAAAAAUGUCAGUCAAUUGUUUGCAAAUACAUAUGAUGGUCCAAAAAUUUACAUACAAACCGAUAAGGCCAUUUAUAAACCUCAGGAUAUAGUUCAAUUUCGUGUUGUCAUAUUGGAUGAACAUACAAGACCGUUAAAUAUAGAAGAUCCUGUCCAUGUUGAGAUAUUGGAUAUGGAAAACAACCGUGUUAAGCUAUUUAAGGAUAUUUCUUUGAUAAAUGGCGUUUAUACUGGAAAAUUUCAAUUAUCUAAAUAUCCCGUAUUGGGUAUGUGGAAAAUUAAUGUUAUUUUAGGUGGAAAAUAUGAUUACUCGCACUCAAAAGAGAUAAAAGUAAAUAAUUAUGUUUUACCUAAAUUCAGUGUUUACCUUAAAACUCCUUCAAGUGUUCUCCUAGAAGAUGGUUACAUUAAGGUGGUUAUUUAUGGUAAAUAUACCUAUGAUAAACAUGUGGAAGGCACUGCCACAGUUGAAUUAUGGUCUGAAUAUCCACAAGUACUCUUACAAAAGAAACAAGUUGAUAUAGAAAACUUAGGUUUUGUUGAGUUCAAUAUUAAGAAUGAAACAGCUAGCGGUAUAAUUGUGAAAGCGAAUCUAACGGAAAAAUAUACGGGCAUAUCUGAGACGGAAGAGCAAAGUAUUCAUUUACAAAAACAAAGAUAUAAUAUAGAUAUUCCUUAUAAUGAAAUUGAAUUUGAAAAUAAUAAACCAUAUCGUUUAAAUGUUUAUGUUAAACAUUGGACUGGUGCUCCCGUUUUGGAUCACAAAACACCAGUCACCAUGGAACAUGGCAACAAAGUGUAUGAAGCAUUUUUGAAUGAAAAUGGUGUUGCAACAUUUGAGUUUGAACAUGACAAAAAUGAUGCUCAUUUAUUCCAUUUUAAAGAUUCUAAAGGAAAGCUGUAUAAUAUCUAUACAAGUUCAAAUUUAAUGUUGAACAAUAGGGAAUUCUAUUGUCGCCUUAAAUUAGUGAAAAAAAAUAUUGAACUCGGUAAACCUGUGCUAAUUGAAGUUAGUUCUAUUAUCGAUAUACCCUAUCUGAUGUACACAAUAAUGGGUCAUGCCAGUCUCAUACAUACAGAGCACAUAAAAGUACCGCCCAAUCAAAAGUCUUAUAUCAUAAGCAUAACACCAUCUAUUGAAAUGAUUCCCAGGUCCAUUAUCUAUGUUUACUAUGUGCACAAAGGCAAUUUACGCUAUGAAGAAAUGGUCUUAAAUUUUCCCAAAGAAUUUGAAAAUCAAAUAUCCUUGUCAGCACCCAAACAAGUGAAACCAGGCGAUGAUGUUACAAUUACUAUAAAUGCUCAACCUAAAUCCUAUGUGAGUUUAUUAGCCGUGGACUUGGGUGUAUAUUUACUAGAUAAUUCAUAUGAUUUAAAUCGGAAUGACAUUCUAAAUGAACUGAUCAAUGAAAGAUCUUUUUCUACAGUUACAUUUUCACAAUAUCCUGGCAUAAUAUCCGGUUUGUUGACCUUUACCAACGCUCAUUAUCCAGUUGAAUCUUUUGGUGGUGGUGGAGGUUCUGGUCAUUAUAAUCCGACUUCUCUACGGUUUCGCCAAAAGUUCCCUGAAACUUGGAUAUUUGAUAAUUUGAUGAUUAAUGAAGCUAUCACCAAAUUAACGCUACCAAUUCCCGAUACCAUAACUACUUGGCGUAUAACAGCAUUUUCGAAUAAUAACAUAACAGGCUUUGGUAUAGUCAAUGGACCCACUGACAUCACAACCAUACAAUCUUUCUUUAUAUCAAUAAAUCUACCAUAUUCAGUAAAACGUGGAGAAAUUGUAAACAUUCCGAUAACAAUAUUCAAUUAUCUCAAUCAAAACUUAGACACAGAAGUUGUUUUUUAUAAUAACGAUCAGGAAUUCUAUUUCAUGGAGGCAAAUGUAGAGCGUGCAAUAAAAUCCGUUGAAGAACAACAGGAACAAGUUAAAUUUGUUACUGUACCGGCAAAUAAAGCCAAAACUAUGAACUUCUUUAUAGACCCCCUACAAGUGGGUGAAGUUAGUUUAAGAAUAGCUGCUACAAGUUCCUCAUAUUCAGAUGCUGUCAUUCACAAACUUAAAGUUGAGCCAGAAGGUGUGCCUAAACAAAGAAGUCAAUCUUUAUAUAUAAAUAUUCCAGAGGGAGACAAAAUUUCUUCAUCUUUUAGCAUUGCGCAGCCAGAAGAUAGUGUAACCGAUUCUAACUAUAUAACGUUUUCUGUGGGUGGUCAUUAUUUACUACCAUCGUUGGAGAAUUUCGACAAUCUUAUACAAAUGCCAACUGGUUGUGGUGAACAAAAUAUGGUCAAUUUUGCUCCUAAGGUUUUAAUAUUGCAAUAUUUGCAAGCUAAUGGCAGAUUUUCCGAAGACAAUGAUUUGGUUAAAAGUUUACUUUCAUCCAUUGAGGUGAGUUACCAACAACAGCUAUCAUUUCGUCAUGCAAAUGGUGGCUUUAGUGUUUUUGGCAUGGCGACUGAUGAUGAGCCCAGCACUUGGCUUACCGCCUAUGUGGUGCGUUAUUUUAUGAAAGCUUCGAAAUUCUUAUCCAUUGAAGAUAGAUUAAUAGAAUCUGCCUUGGAGUAUUUGUCUUCUCAGCAAAAUUCAAAUGGAGAAUUUCUUUAUACGGGUUAUCUGCUCAAUCCUCACCAUAAAAAUGAAUAUGGACUUACAGCCUUUAUAUUGUUGGCAUUUUUGGAAAAUGAAACAUAUGCCACGAAAUAUCAAAAUAUCAUACGGAAUGGGUUAGAAUUUUUAAAUUCAAAUUUAAAUAAUAUCAACAAUAUCUAUGUAUUAUCCCUGACAGCAAUGGUUAUGAAACGUGCUAAACAUCCGAGUGCUAAUAAUCUUAUAAAACAAUUAAAUUUACAGAGUAUAGAGGAAAAUGGUCUUAAGUGGUGGUCAGGAGAUGAUCAUAACUUGGCCGAUGAUAUUGAAAUUACUGCAUACGCAGCUAUAGCAUUACUAGACACUAGUGGAGAUCACACUUCUAUCCUUAAGUGGUUGAUAGAGCAACGAAAUGCCAAUGGUGGUUUUACAUCAUCCUAUGACACUGUUGUCGGCAUGGAGGCUUUAGUGAAAUUUUCGCAAAUAUAUAGAAAUCCUGAAAAUGUAAAUUUAAAAAUAUCCUACAGUGCCAUAAAUCGCGAAGGUAUGGAAGUGGUAAACGAUGAACUUUUCUUGGACUCGAAUAACAUUUUGGAUUUACAAAUACAUGAGUUACCGCAAACAACAUAUCGCAUAAGUUACGAAAUCGAAGGCUACGGUGCUUUAUUGGUACAAGCCAAUCAUCAAUAUAACAUUGUUAAUGACAGAGAAUUUGAACAUUUUACUAUACGUCCUAAUGCUAAAGUUAGGAAUACUAAUGAUAUUGAUAUGGAAGUCUGUUUCGUUUACCAAGGAUAUUUCGACAUUAAUAAUGAAGUUACCAAUAUGGUAAUAAUGGAAAUAAAUUUACCCUCUGGUUUUCGAUUUGAAGCUGAAAAUGGUAUGACUUUAAAAGAAAAUAAACUUGUACAAAAGAUCGAAACGAAAAAUUCGGAAUCAACUAUUAUUUUAUAUUUGGAUAAAUUGGAGGAAAAUAUUAAUUAUUGUCUAGAGGUUCCAGCAGAGAAAAGAAAUGAAAUUCUUCUGUCGAAACCUGCUGCCAUUAUAAUGUAUGACUAUUACAACUUGACACGAUCGAAUACGGCAUUCUAUAGUAUAUAAUGGAAAUUUCAAGUAUUAAAUUAGUUUAAGAUAAUUUCAUAAUGUCCUUUAUAGAAUGGAUGAAUAAAAAAAGUUUUUAUAUUUUAAAAUUGAA